AUGUCCAACAAAAUGUCGGCGCCUGACCAACAAGCUAUGGACGCAGUGCCAGAACCCACUCCAGUGCCAGACCCGCGUCCAGUAAACCCAGCGCCUGGCAUCUCAGAGGAGGCCACCACAAAGCCGGACCCAGCCGUCCCAGAGGAGGGCGCCCCAAAGCUUGCCCCAGAAAAGGCCACGUCAGAACCAGACCCAGCGCCAGCCAUCUCGGUGCCAGACCCAGACGUGCCAGGCGACACAGGCUUGCAGUUCCUAGACACGCCAGACGACACAGGCUUGCAGCCCGAAGACGUGCCAGACGACACAGGCUUGCAGUUGGCGCUCCUCAAUGACGGGGGUCCCAUCCCGAACCCACCCCGCCAGACCAAGCCGAAAAUGACGAAGUUGCCCAUUUCGAAAGACGACAUGGUGCGCUGGCACAACCUGCUGUCGAGGUUUCUGUCCAAGCUUUCCGAUCCUGACAUGCGUCGGGAAGUGUACGAAAACGUCAGACAGUGCUACUUGGCUUAG